AAUAACAAGAAAUACGAAAACUCUCUAAAGAAUAAAAAUACAUAACCGUCACUAGAUGUCUAUAGUUGUAUCUCAGAACCGGCUUCUCAAAUAAAUGUGUAAACUUGUUUACAAUUGAUAUUUAUAAUAAUUUAAAGUCCAAAAAAUGCCGGAUCAUAAACGAGUUAAUGGACCAGAGGUAACAAUACCUUAUCAACUUUUUUUUGAUGCUAAUAAUCAAACAAAAGAAAAUCCAGAAAAUUACUUAAAGCGGCGAGCUGAUGGAAGAGCGUUCAAUGAAACUAGAAAAAUGUUUGCUAAAACAGGAAUCGUAAGUCAAGCGAAAGGAUCAGCUUACAUUGAACUAGGAAAAACUAAAUUGGUCUGUUCAGUGUUUGAUCCACGUGAAAUACCAAAUAAAACCAGCUAUAGCCAACAAGGAAGUCUUUAUUGUGAAUUCAAAUAUGCACCUUUUUCCUGUGAGAAAAGAAGAAUACAUCAACAAGAUGCAGAAGAAAAAGAAUACAGUUUGAUAAUGCAAAGAUCUUUGGAACCUGCAGUUUGUCGGCACGAGUUUCCUAAUUUUCAAGUGGACAUUUACGUUCUAGUUUUAGAUAAUGGAGGUUCUUGUUUAGGAGCAGCUAUUACUGCUGCUAGUUUAGCUCUUGCUAACGCUAGUAUUUCAAUGUUUGGUCUUGUGACAGCUGUUACUGCAGGUGUAUUUGCGGACACGGUUUUCUUAGAUCCAACAAUUGAAGAAGAAUUACUGUGUAAUACAUUCCCUUCAGCUUCAUAUAAAUCAGAAAAUCAUGGAAUCAUAGUACAAGCUAGUUUACCUCAGCAUAGUCAAAUAUCAGAGUUAUAUUUUGUUGGAAAUAUUGAUUUCAAUUUAAUUAAAUCAACUAUGGACAUUUUAUUAUCAACAAGUAAUGAUUUAUGUUUGGUUAUGCAACAAUGUCUUGUUAAAUCUGUGAUAAAAACACUAAAAGAAAAAGAAAAAGAGAAGGAGGAUAAAUAACUAAUAUAAUCGAAUUAUUUUUGUACCUUAUAAGUUAUAUUAUAUCAACAAUGUGGAUAAUUUCAAUGAAUGUUCGAAAAUGAAUAUUUUUAUAUUGUAAUUAUUUUAUAAUCAGUCAUAAUAAACAUCAUAUUUUUAUUGUCUCAA